AUGGUAUUCGCGACUAGACAUAAUAAGACGGUUCCAUAUGCCGAGAUCGAGGCAACUAUCACCUACAAGGAGGAGACUGGCCAUGGUCAACCUCGAGUGCUGACUGAUACUCGGUCCCUCAUCCUGAUUCUUCCAUGUGUGGAGUCCAUCGAAAUCAAGCAGGUCCACCUGGAGACUUCAAAUUAUCUGAAGGGCAUGGAUUUCAAGACACAACUGCUGACUUCCACCGAGGGAAGAGACGGCCUUUUGAGCAAGAAACUUUGGGGUUAUGACCAAGAGAAAAACGCAGUCCUUCUUCCCGCACCACUGCGAGCCCUCCCCGACGUUGAGAAUCGUCCAAAGAAGAGAACUGCAUGUCGCAGUGAUUAA